AUGGAUAUACUUACGUUAAUGACCAACAAUAAUUGUGAUAUAUUGCGUAAAAGUCCAAGCUCUGAUUAUCGCGUUCCACUAAUCAAUUUAGAUGAUUUACCAAAGUUCUUAUUAGCAACAAUUCCUAAAUGCGGUGGCUGUCAUGAAUUUAUAUUGGAUCGAUUCAUUCUUAAAGUAUCUGAUCGGACAUGGCAUGCUAAAUGUUUACAAUGUAACGACUGUCACGCACAACUCAAUGAGAAAUGCUUUAUUCGUAAUGGUCAAUUAUUCUGUAAGGACGACUUUUUCAAGCGUUACGGUACAAAAUGUGCAUCUUGUGAUCUCGGCAUUCCACCCACGCAAGUGGUGAGACGCGCCCAAGAAAAUGUUUACCAUCUGCAAUGUUUUGCUUGUUCGCUAUGUUCACGACAGCUCAAUACAGGCGAUGAAUUCUAUUUAAUGGAAGAUCGAAAGCUUGUCUGUAAACCAGAUUAUGAAGCAGCGAAAGCGAAAGGACUUUACUUAUCUGAUGGAUCACUUGAUGGCGAAGGAUCUAACAAACGACCACGUACAACAAUAACAGCCAAACAAUUAGAAACUCUCAAAAGUGCUUACAAUAGUAGCCCAAAGCCAGCACGUCAUGUGCGGGAACAAUUGUCACAAGAUACCGGACUCGAUAUGCGAGUUGUGCAAGUUUGGUUUCAGAAUCGCCGCGCAAAAGAAAAACGACUUAAAAAGGAUGCAGGCAGAACGAGAUGGAGUCAAUAUUUCAGAUCUAUGAAAGGUGGAUCAUCACCAAGUAAACUUCUAGACAAAGAUGAUAUGAAAGUCGAUUUGGAUAGUUUUAGUCAUCAUGAUUUAAGUAACGAUAGUUAUAGCACCGUCAAUAUGGGUUUGGACGAUGGAGCUUCACCACAUAGUGGUCGUGGUUCAUACAUUCAUAGCAGCGCAAGUCCACCACCUUAUCUUUCUAGUCAUUCCCCAAAUCCAAUGGGACAAGGUCAUUUCUCAUAUGCCGACAACAUUGUUUACACACCGCUUGACAACCCAGUGAGUUCAAUGUUGCAUCUGCAGGGAAGCACAGUAAGUGACUUAAGCAACGAUUCUAGUCCCGCUCAUGGCUAUCCCGAUUUUCCCCCAUCUCCCGACUCAUGGCUAGGCAAUGAAAAUAAUAGCGCAGCUACAUCGACACCCAACAAUAAUUCCACAACAAAUAAUCAAUCUUCAUCACAUUACUGAUAUCUAGGCUAGAUGGAUUAGAAGUAUUAUCAUCGUAAUAAUAAAAAAAGACAACAGCAAAAAGCAGAAGCAGAGUAGAAUUGAAUAGAUGUACACGUACACAGUAAAGUGGCGCACCUUCAGAGACAAACAAUGAAGCGAUGGUUAUUUUGUACUUGUCAGUUGUUGUUUCGAGUUUGACCAAUAUUUAUGUAAAAACAGCACACAAUGCUUCAUGCAUUACAAUAAUUUACUAUUGCCACUGUAUUUUUGUAUUUGUCGAAUAUGUUCAUCGGUCUACAACCUACAACCAAAAAAGGAAAAGUCGGAAAAAGGAUUGAAAUGUGAAUUAGAUGAUGAAGUUUGUAAGCUGAAAUAAUUUUCAAUGCGAACCCUU